GAAGCUCACCAUCUGAAGAAAUCUAAAUCCUUCACAAAAAAAUCCGGAUUUUUUUUGCUAUUACUCUAAGAUCGGUGGUCAAUUCUUAAAAAUUCAGAAUGCCUGAGCUUCAUUCUCUUGAAGAUGAGAAUCUCGACAAURUACAAGAGACAGUACUAGAAAGAAUAGUUGGAUUAUCAGAGAUGUUUCCAGAAAGUCUAUGCAAUGCAGCAUCUUCUAUGACAGGGUAUACCUUCAGYGGAGCAAAGUGGUUGUACAAUUUCACAAGCCAAAGUCUUUGGAUAGCCGGCACCUCCUUCAUGAUUCUUGCUCUACCAGUGAUUUUUGAGGUAGAGCGGGUGCAAACAGAAGAAGCUCAGCUGCAGCAACAGCGACAGAUUUUACUGGGACCCAAUGCAGCGGCAUCUGGUGGAAUGGGGGUACCCCCACCACCAAGAAGAUGAACAAUUCAAAAACUUGUUAAACUUCUUAACAAAAAAGGCCUGAAAAUUGUGCACAUUGCAUGUAAAUAUGCAAGUUGAUUCAAAAUUUGUGAUAAUAUAUGAUGUUUAGCAGGGUUAAAAAUAAUGGCUGGUCAGUUGCUGGUCAUAAUAAAAACCCAAAUUAGUUUUAGCUCAGUCAUACUGGACCUUUUUUAUGGGUCAACCUUACUGGUGAAAAUGACUGGCAAGGCAAACAUUUGACUGCACAAGUUUCAAAUCUAGCUGGACAUUGUCCAAUGACCAGCCCUCAUUUUURGCCCUGUUCAUUGAUCUUUUUUCAAGACAAAUCCAAAUGAAACUUACCAAUAUUACCAUUAGCAAUAUGGCAUCAUUAACUACAGCUACCAGAAUCCUUUGCACACUUUUUCUGUUCAGUUAAUUAGCACCAAUUGUCUUACUAUUCUCAUUAGGAAGUACAAAUGUUGGUAGUGGUAGUUAAAUGCCAUCAUGUAUUUGAAUGGCCUAUUCCAUACUGUUGUCAGCUUCUUGUUUCUUUAUUUAUACCAUGAAAAUAGAGUCUUCUGAAAACGUUUUUUGAACAGAGCAUUGUUUAAACUGUUUUGAGUCAAUUCAAGAAGGCAUAGCAAGGUGACUAUAUAGAUUGAAACUAGUACAACUGUGAACAAGAAUUACUAAUUUUUAUACCAUACGUGUAGUUUCAUCACUUCCACACUCCCAUGCUUUUGACAUUGAUAGGAGACAUGCCUUAUUUUGUGUUCUGUUCAGUAAUACAGCACUGAACAGAACGCAAAAAGGGUUUUACUUAUUUUAUCAUGUAGUUUUUAAUGUUGUUUCUUUUACACUUCCUUGCCAGCGCUGUUGUGUAUGCCCACAUUGCAUUAGCAGCAAUGCUCCAUUGCAUGUGUAUAGACCUGCCUUGCAGCACGUCGCAAUGCAGCUCAAUAAUUGGAGGACAUAACAAUAGAUUUCCAAUUCUCAUGAGAUUGAAAUUMUUUUGUUUUGUCCUCCAAAUUGAGCUGCUUUUAUGUAACAUGCAAGGGUCUWUUAGAGGUGCAUACUAUCCAACCUAUACUAAUAAAAAUAGAUCAAAUGCCUUGUUUCUUUAUUUAUAACUUUGAUAAAAAAUGUUAUGUACAUCCAGUACUUUAAUGAGUUUAAAUAUUUUAAGUGAGCUAGUUGAGUMCAUAGAGUCCUGAGGACCAAGUGAACAUUUGACAAUUUACUAAGAUAUUAAUGGUAGAUUCAGCUGGAGAAUUUUACUCCAAUACCAGAGCAUUCUGAGAUCGCCAGCACUUUAUGAAAAACUUGCUUUUUUUACAUCUAUACAUAAAUACAACAAAUACAAAUUUAUGAAGUUGAGGUCGAACACAAUAAAAUACUGUAAAMUGUA